UUGUCCUUCUCUGGUCGCUCGACGCAGCGGAUGUUGAAGAGCGAAGCGCGGCCGCUCGACCACAUGUUAUCAAACGCAUACAACUUCGACGAAGUUACCAAAAUACCUGCUAUUUCAACCCAGUUUCAUGGAAGACUCUGGUGAUCCCAUGAUGGGAAUGCUGGACACGAAUGCCCCUGACAAUGGAGAUGCUCCUGCUAUGGAAGCAACGGGGCCCGAUUAUAGCACAGAUCUGACCGCUCCAGGCUGGACUGUUGCACAGGUUCCCCUCGCAAACCCAGAAAGUGCAGAAUACGAUCAGGUGCAACAGGUGACCGCCAUGGAACAGUACCAGCUGUACUCGAUGGAACACAUGAAAUCCGCAGCAGACAACAUUGACCAGAAGUCCAGUGGGUCGGACACCAGUCUAGAUAACUCUGGGCAAGUAGUCGGACAGCUGUCAGAAUCAAACGGACAGCAUGUGGACCAAUCAGCAGAGCCGGAUGCCAUGAAGCAGGCGGCCGGCGACUCGGAGAGCCCUUCAAAUAUGGAGCUGGAGGAUGUGCCCAAAGAGGGAGCAGAAGCAGCUGCAGAAUUGACUGAGACACAAGAGCCUGAACUUCCCUUAGAGUACGAGAGGCUAUAUAAGGUUGUGGAAGAUAAUCCUGAAGACUUCAACGGCUGGGUGUACCUUCUGCAAUAUGUUGAACAAGAGAACCACCUGGUGGCUUCAAGGAAGGCGUUUGAUGCAUUUUUCCUACACUAUCCCUACUGUUAUGGAUAUUGGAAGAAAUAUGCGGAUAUUGAGAGGAAACAUGGCUGCAUUCAGGUUGCAGAUGAGGUGUACCGGCGAGGCCUGCAGGCCAUUCCGCUCAGUGUCGACCUGUGGCUUCAUUACAUCACGUUCCUGAGAGAGAACCAAGACACCAGUGACGGAGAGGCGGAAAAUCGCAUCAGAGCGUCCUAUGAGCACGCAGUCCUCGCCUGCGGAACAGAUUUCCGUUCUGACCGUUUGUGGGAAGCGUAUAUCAGCUGGGAACUGGAGCAGGAGAAGCUGGCUAACGUCACCGCCAUCUAUGACCGCGUCCUCUGCAUUCCCACACAGCUGUACUCGCAGCACUUCCAGAAGUUCAAAGAGCACGUACAGAACAACAACCCCAAGCACUUCCUGUCUGAGGAGGAGUUUGUGCAGCUCCGAGUGGAACUGGCCAACGCUAAUAAACCCAACGAAGAUGAUGCACCUGGUGAAGAACUACCACCGGGCACAGAAGACCUGCCUGAUCCUGCUAAGAGGGUGACGGAGAUCGAGAACAUGAGACAUAAAGUGAUCGAGACGCGACAGGAGACGUUCAACCAAAAUGAGCAUGAAGUCAGCAAGCGCUGGGCUUUUGAAGAGGGGAUCAAGCGUCCGUACUUCCACGUGAAAGCGCUGGAGAAGACCCAACUGAACAACUGGAGAGAGUACCUGGACUUCGAGCUGGAGAACGGCACGCCAGAGCGAGUGGUGAUUCUGUUCGAGCGCUGCCUGAUCGCCUGCGCACUCUACGAGGAGUUCUGGAUCAAGUACGCCAAGUAUCUGGAGAGCUACAGCACUGAAGGAGUGAGGCACAUCUACAAGAAGGCCUGCACCAUCCACCUGCCCAAGAAACCUGCCGUUCACCUCCUCUGGGCGGCGUUCGAGGAGCAGCAAGGGAACAUUGAGGAGGCCCGUAGCAUUCUGAAAGCAGUAGAGGUGGCGGUCCCAGGAUUGGCCAUGGUGAGGUUACGCAGGGUGAGUCUGGAGCGUCGUCAUGGCAACAUGGAUGAAGCGGAGACCUUAUUGCGUGAUGCCAUCAUGAACGGAAAUAAUGCCAGUGAGUCAUCGUUCUAUGCUGUGAAACUGGCCCGACAGCUGCUGAAGGUGCAGAAGAGCAUCGCAAAGGCCAAGAAAGUUCUAAUGGAGGCCAUCGAGAAAGACGAGACGAACCCAAAGCUCUACCUGAAUCUGCUGGAGCUGGAGUACAGUGGAGAUGUUCAGCAGAACGAAGCCGACAUCAUCGCAUGCUUCGACAGAGCUCUGAACAGCCCGAUGUCGCUGGAGUCACGCGUCACUUUCUCACAACGCAAAGUCGAGUUUCUCGAGGACUUCGGCAGCGACAUCAAUGUGCUUGUGGCCGCAUUCGAUGAACAUCAGAAGCUUGUAAAGGAGCAAGACUCGACAAAGAGGAAAGCAGAGAACGGCUCACAGGAGCCAGAUGCAAAGAGACAACGGACAGAUGACCAAUCAGCAGCCUCCGGUCAAGUGAUGCAGGACAUGCAGGCCAACCACGCUGGAUACAACUAUAACAACUGGUAUCAGCAAUAUAAUUCAUGGGGAGGUCAGAAUUCGUGGGGUCCGUAUGGCCAGUACGGCCAGUAUAACCAGUACUACCCUCCACCCCCCACAUAACGGACUACAGUGACCCAUUUGAGCUCCAUCAGGACGCCUGCUGUCUUCUUACCUACUCCUUCAGCUUCAUCAUUCUUACAGUCACUCAAACAGUCGACUUUGUGUGUGUUCGUUUCUGGCAUGUGUCGAAAGAGAAAUUGAGCAUAUUUUUCCCCUUCUGUUAAAGUGCAAGUGAGUUUUUAAUAAGGCUUGGUUGAUUUAGUGAGCUUUGAGUUUAGGAGGUUUAAUUCUGUUAGUUGAAUGAUUUGUAUGGAAGGAGUUUAACUUCAGCUCUGCCCUCAAUGUGAUCUUGUGUUCCGAGAUAAACGUAAACAUGAAGACAUUUUUUAUUUUGACUUGGUUUCAUAAUAAAGAGAUUGACAUCCUUAA